CAAUACUGUUUUCUCGGAACUGUCAGUCGGUUCACUGAGACAGAUGUUGCCUCGAUUUUCAGUCGGAUAAAGUUUAUAGAAACGAUCAAAUCGAACCUGGUCGUCUGCACUUUACGUAAACUGGCCUUAGAAAGAAUUUGCGACGACGUAAGCUAUCGCCGAUCGAGCAUCGUCGCGGAAUCUCAAAACCUGAGAGGGAACUGACGACAACUGUGAUUUUGGACCCUUUUCGAUGAGCUGAACUAUGGCACACAGAAAUUCCCUCACUCUUUAUUGUAAUCAUUGCCGUACUGCGCUAGCCACAUCGGACUUGUUAAUGCUGGCUACUAUUCCACCGUCACAAACACACCUGGCCAUUAGAAAGGAGAAAGAAGAACAAGCUUAUGCCGAGAAAAUCAGGAAAAUUCCCAAUCCGGACCCCAAGAGGGUCGCAUUUUGCCCUUAUAAAGUUCUUUGUAAACAUUGCAAUGAUUACGUCGGGACCAUCAGCAUAGUCGAAGAAAAUACGCUAAUUUGUUUCAAGAUUGAAAACGUCCAUUUUAAGCGCGGUUACGAAGAAAUAAGAGGGAAACGGCUAAAGCAGAUUAAAGACAAACUCUUGCAGUAUGGCCUAGAAGUUGUCAAUGUAUCUUUUUCACAACCUGUUAAACAGAACGACAUCCCAUCGGAACCUCUCGUAUAUUGUGAUAUAAACGAGCUCACUACGGAGGAAAUCCAGUCUUUGACGAAACAGGUCCCUCGAGGAUAUCAGCACGAGCUCUUUCUGCAAGCCUUACACGGAAACACGCUGGUCUACCUGCCCACGGGCUCGGGAAAAACUCUGAUUGCGGCAAUGGUGCUGAGCUGUAUGAAGAAACUGAAUCCAAACAAAUUAAUGGUGUUUCUGGUGGACCGCAUUCCCCUCGUCUACCAACAGAGCGACUACGUCAAGUCUCAGGUCCCGGAUCUAAGAGUGGAGAUCUUAGCGGGAGAUAUCGGGCGUUUUCCGGGCGAUAAAUCUCGUUGGAUAUCCACCGUCCAGGCACUGACUGAAAACAAGAUCGACCUUCUUGUUAUGACCCAUCAGAUUCUGCUUAACUUGAUGAGUGGUGAUUGUCCAGUGCUGCGCAUGUCAAACAUCUCCGUUCUCGUUUUCGAUGAAGCUCACCACUGCCUUGGAAAUCACUGCUACAAUCAAAUCAUGAGAGAUUUCUACAAAGGUACAAGCAAUAGAUUCAAGCCUUUGGUGCUGGCGCUGACCGCGUCCCCCGCAGGCGCAGACACACCGCAAGCCACGUCAACUAAACUGGAAGAGCUGUUGUCAAAUCUUUCCGCAUCUGCGCGCAUGCCUGUGCGAUCAACGGAUUUGGAGGUGUACUGGAACCGACCAGAAACGGCAUACGAGGUGGUUUCCAUGAACACAAAGCAACAGUUAUUACAAUCAUAUGUUGAGACAUACCUCACUUCCUUGACAGUACUAAUCGAAAUGGAAGCCAAAUGCCCACGUGCGCUUGAUAAACUGCACGUGCUCAAACCAAACUAUCGCGGUGCUUUGCGCAAGUUGAUUGAACGUUGCUAUGGUGACAAGAACCGAGUGAAGGGCCUGGCACUAGGUGAGCACGCCAUGCAUAUGCUCAGCGUGAUUGAGGUGAAUAACAUUUUGGGCAACGAGUAUGCAGUUGAAUGCCUUGAGGAGUGCAUCAGACAACUGCAACAGGCUACGUCCCCCAUGGAACAACUCAAAAAGAGGCUUAUCGGUCGUUCGGAGCAGCUGAGAGCUUUGGAAUCUUCAAUCGCAAACUUGAGGAGAGUGUCAAAAUUUUUCUCCUCCAGUGACAGGUAUCAACACCUCACCAAAGAGCUUCGGAAUUUCAUCCGUCGGGUUGAAAUGGACCAGACCUCUAGAGGAAUCAUCUUUGUCAAGAUGAGGAAGACUGCUUACAAGCUCUGCGAACGGCUGAGACAAGAAACUGGAAUUGCCGAAGGGCUGAACCCAGCCUUCCUCGUCGGCCACGGACAGGGAAGCGAUGGAAUGGACUGGAGAGGAGAGCAAGAGGAAAUCCUUAAGAAGUUUAGAUCAGGCGAGGUUAAACUGCUUGUUAGCACGAACGUGUUAGAGGAGGGACUGGACGUACCGGUUUGUAACCUGGUUAUCCGGUUUGACAGCGCGAUGACGUUGCGGGCGCUUGUGCAGAGCCGCGGGCGCGCGUCCCGCCGACCCGAUAGCCGUUUCGUGGUGAUCUGCAGUGACCCCAGUGAGCAGACGAACGCAUCUGAUGCGAUCAGAAAGGAACAGAACAUGGAACAAGCCAUGAAACUGCGACAGUAUUACACGAAUCGCUCUCAAGCGAUUUCAUUCGGAUGUCAGGUGCAGAAACUUGACUUGAGCCAAAAGUUACUUGAUCCAGUGGAGCCCCUGAGAAUGACAUGCGCGGAAGAGGAACCGGAACCGGAAGCUGAAGAUGACGAUAUGGAAAAUGAGUACAGCGUGGAGACAAUGACUAUCCAUCACAGAGGAGAGAGCCUCGCAGCUGAAGGACCAAGAAAAAGAAGGAAAAAAAGAGUUCCUAAUGUCCGGAUUGCCAUCCAGAACGCCAUCUUGGGAGGAACCAACAGUGAGGAAAUUGGCGAACUGAUCAAAUACUUCGAAAACUAUUUUGAAGUAAAAUCAUUAACGACAGAAAACGCGGACGUUGAUGCCCCUGAGGUUGGUGCUUCACCAAGUAAGGACAGCGCGCGUGAGACAAUGCUCUCUUCUAGCGUACUUCGCCUACUGCUCGAGCCACUUGAAGAUCAAAGAUUUCGUAAGAAAGAAAAAUUCUUCACUCAUGUUGUUCAAUCUUGGUGUUCUCGUCCCAGCCCGUUCCGAGCCCAAACGGAGAAACUCUGGUUGCGUCGCGAUGAGCCCGCACAGAAUCAAAAGUAUUCUAAACCCGUGCUUGUCAUCAAGCCAGACGCCAUGUUCCUGGGGUACUUUUUAAAUCAAGCGUAUUUCUGUAAGCACUGGCCCCUUAGCUCAGCUAAGCUGGAGAACAUUCGCGUCGCGUUCGAGCAUGAUCUACGAACGAUGCUGAUUUGCUUCACGGUGCCGAACCCAUCCAGUCAGUGGAAAGCUGAUCUAUACAAGCUCCAGGUUCGCUACAGCGAGCUCCAAGAAUUCGUAUUGGUCGACAAGCGGAGUCCAUCUUCAACUCACGAGGUCUUCAUCUCACUGAGGCAUCCCCCGCGCAUUUUCAAAGCCAAGAAUUUCAUCAGGAAAGAGCAAGAUGAUGAAGAAAACGACUUUGAAGACUGGUACUUCGAGGACAACGAGUACGACUUCGAUUUUGAUGACUUUCGUGACUUCGACGACGACUUCUCGAGUGAUUCCGAAGAUGAUCAAGCGACUACCGAAGCCAACCGUAACAGCGCCGAAAGUGCUGCCGAAGACGAUCGCGAAGCUCUUCUGACGAGUUCGGAUGUCGCAAGUAUUGAUGACGUGGUAAACUGGGAGCGAGUGACUGAGAUCGAAGAUAGCGGAGAAGCUUUCGGUUCGUGUUGGGUGUACAAUUUCACUUUCAAAGCCAGCGCAUGGGAAGAGAUUGAAGAAGCGCUCAGAAGCAUUGCCAAGUUUGACAAGAAGUCCUUUUACCUUCGCAUGCACAAGGCUUUUAGAAGACUACCAGUGGUAGAAAUACCCAAGGAACUCCCUUUUCACGUCAAAUAUGCAACCCAGUGUGUCCUGAACUUCUUUCCUUUCGUCAAGGGAAGAAUCACAGCCAAGUUCGCCAAUUUGCUUGGAAGCAAACCUGAAAAAGUGGCGUUGAUUGCCCUGGAGAGACUAGCUGCGGCGCUCCAGAAGAAUUCGUUCUGCGAUCCAGAAGCCAAGCUUAAAACUCUGCUUGACGAAAUGAAUUUUAAAUCGGGCGGAAUCCCAAAGCAACUUCUUCCUGCGCAAUGCGCCAUGAUCAAACGAAUGGUUAUCACACCGACUCGCUUGCUGUUCUACACACCGGAAGUCAUGUCAAAGAACCGCGUGCUCAGACAGUACAACACUGAUCAAUUUCUCUGCGUGAAUGUGCGCGACGAAGACUUCUCGAAGCUUUCUGCAGCCGGCGGUGCCAUUGACAAUGUGUUGGAGCGUGUGAGACGGACUUUGGAUAGCGGAGUGAUCGCGGGCGGCGAUCGAUUUCUUUACCUUGGUUCCUCCAACAGUCAGCUACGUAACCACGGCUGCUGGUUUGUUCGGCCCAGUCCACACCCGGAUGAGAUACGCGACUGGAUGGGAGAUUUCAGCAAGAUAAGGUGCGUAGCCACAUUCAUGGCCCGUAUGGGACAGUGUUUCUCGACAUCCUUGGAUGCUAUUGGCAUAGACGUCAAUGAAGGAACAUCUUGGGAUAUGGAUGAUGACGUCAAAACAUUCAAUGGGGCUUACUGCUUCUCGGAUGGCGUGGGGAGAAUUUCGGAAUCCCUUGUGCGUCAGGUUGCCAAAAAGAUAGCCAAAGAUUUCGUUCCUUCUGCAAUCCAAGUUCGGUUUGCUGGCUGCAAAGGAGUUCUGACCGUGGAUCCCAGGCUCCCAGGCAAAAAAGCGGUGUUUCGUCCGAGCAUGCGUAAAUUUGAGAGCAGUCACCGACGUCUUGAGGUGCUACAGACCUCUCGUCCCCAGGUCGUUUUCUUAAAUCACCAGCUCGUCAUGCUAUUGUCCAACCUUGGUAUCCCGGAUGAUGUUUUCAUGAAUUUGCAACGCAACAUGUUGGACAAACUGGCAGGAAUGCUGGUCGAUGAACGCCUGGCUGCUCAGCAGAUGACGUCAGGGGCCAAGACUGGCAUCGCUUACAUGAGCCUGUCUCAAGCAGGAAUACAGCUGACCACUGAACCGUUUUUCAAGUCCAUGUUGGUAGCACUUUACAAGGAUCGCAUGCAAAAUCUACUGAGUCGAGCCCGCAUUCUUCUGCCACCAGCGGAGGCUCGCCUUAUGAUUGGUGUCAUGGAUGAAACGGGAACCUUACAGCCAGGCGAGGUGUUCGUGCAGUAUUCCGCUAUUUCCAGCAACCCUGAUCGCGAAGGAGAAUUCAGUAAGACUACAAAACAUCUCCUCACAGGACCCGUGGUGGUGACGAGAAAUCCGUGUCUACAUCCGGGAGAUGUGAGACUGCUGACCGCAGUACACGCGCCUGAACUCGUUCAUUUGGUGGACUGUAUUGUGUUUCCGAGUCAUGGGCCACGUCCCCACCCUAGUGAGAUGGCAGGUGGAGACCUGGAUGGCGAUUUGUAUUUUGUUUGCUGGAAGAAAGAGCUUUUGCCGCGAAGAAAACUCUUUCCACCAAUGAACUAUGAAGCACUUCCAAAAAAUGAAGUUCUAGGAACAAUUACAGUCAGUCACAUGACCGCGUUUGUAGCCGAGUACAUCAAGUUUGACCAGCUAGGUGUGAUUGACAACGCGCACAAGGCGCAGGCCGAUUCUCACGAGGGAGGGGUGGAGUCGUCGCUUUGUCUUGAACUGGCGGAGCUCCAUUCACAAGCUGUUGAUGCUCCGAAGACUGGAAAGUGGACAGAAUUGCCUAAAGAAGCAAAAGUGUCAGUUUUCCCCGAUUUCAUGAUGAAAUCCGACAAACCCAGUUACCCUUCGGACAAGGUUUUGGGAAAACUCUAUCGCGAGUGCAGGGCAUUUAAGGACAGCAUCGCCCGUGAGGUCCCUCUUAAGAAGCCGCAUAUCAUACCCUACCUGUUAGUGCCCAACUUCCAGAAGUACCAAGAGGAGGCGAAGGAGCUUUAUGACGAGUACUCCAGCCAGCUCCUCACGCUGAUGAACCUGUACGGAAUUGAGACUGAAGCUGAGCUGCUAUCGGGCUGUUUUCUUAAACUACAUUCUCGACUCGGAAGGGAAAAAGUCGAGAUCGCUGAAAUCGUCAGCCGCAUUAUGACCACAAUACGCAGAAAUUUUCGGAGCAGGUUCUUCAAAGAGUUUGACUUGGACGAAGAAAGCCGAGAAGCCGUCGAGGUCAUUUCCGAAGAAAUGCAACGGAAAGCAUCAGCGUGGUAUUUUGUUGCAUACAGUCACAAACAAGCGACGAAUGCGGCAGAAAGUGACCCGGAUGAAGCCCAUUCAAAGCAGUUCCUGAGCUUUCCUUGGCUCGUUGAUGACGUCAUGCUGUCAAUCAGAAUGAGAGAAACCUUUGAAGUGCAAGAGUCGCAAAGCAUCGUGGCAUCUAUUAGCGAGAGUGUUUUCAAGGUGUUUGAAGAGGAACGCCACGCCCUUUUACAAAGUUUUCAAGACAGGCUUCAGAAAAAGAACUUCAUAUCCAGUGCGAUGCCAGGCUUCAGUGUGGCCAUGUUUGGUUCUUCAGCAACGCUUCUCUUCCGACCAGAUUCUGACCUUGACCUUUGCGUGCUAGAUCCCAGGCUGAUCGCUCAGCACAGUGAACUGGGUCGAGACGAGCAGAUCGCUUUAUUGAAAACGUUGUACCCAGUAAUGAAAAAGCUGUUCAAACAUGCACGACUGGUGGAAGCCGCUAAAGUGCCGGUGAUUUCUUGUGACAAUCCUGCCAAACGAGCUGGUCCUUUAGCGAACGUAACAGGCGAUCUUUCGGCUUCCUGGGAUGGUCUCCUCAAAGCCAUUGUGCUAUCAAGCUACAUCAAGUCGUACCCAGGCCUCUUGCCAGUUCUUCGUCUCCUCCUUAACUGGGGUCACGUGACGGGGCUCGCGGGGCAUGGUGUUGAUGCAGGCAUCAAGUCCAACGUUUUGGUAUUCCUGUUGCUUAUUUUCUGCGUUUCAAAGAAUCUGGUACAGAAUUUCAACAUGGAAAAUGUCUGGACACGUUGUUUCCUGAUUUCAACUGGCCAAGUGACCGACGCAGUUCACAUUCAGGAAUGGCAGCACAUUCUAGCUUCUUUACCUACACUGGAAUCUUCGGAGAACCAAAACAACGUCACGUCAGUUACAAUCGGCGAUGAACAAAUUGGUGAGAUUCUGCUGACGUUUUUCCAAGCCUACAACUCAACUCUCGACAUGGAUAUCCCACAGCCCUUUGCAUCAUUACUGGGCGUGACUAAACUAGCAGAGCUGCUGGACACAGAGCAUCUGCGCCUGCUGAAGGAACACAUGCAGCGUGCGUUCCAUCUGUUAGCUCUUUACGGGGACGUUGAAGUGCUUCUGACCGUCAGCGCAUCCGAGGUCGACCGCGUAAUUUUCUUAUCAGAGGCGCUAUCCUACACCAUGGCGGGCUCGGAGAGGCAUAACGCCUUCGAGUUGUCAAAGAAGACUGGUGCAAGAGUAACCAUACGUCCCAGUCUCCCUGGGUCAGGAUUUGGCCUUGUUCUUCAAGCUAUUGGUACCGAGUCUGCUGUGGCGUCAGUGGAAAGGGCUCUGAACGCCAUGGCGACGCAGGCCUUGCGAAACAAGGCAGCCAUUAUGUCGGUGUGUUUCGUGAAGGAAGCCAAGCACAUGUUGAUGGAAGGAUGUCUUAGUGAUGACGAUCGCAUCACCUUGGUACCCUACUACGGCAAUCAUCACCCCACCCAUGACAGUCUGGCUUUGUACGUGCCUAUGCUGGCAAACCCGAGGUCCGGCCUUAGCAGGAUUGGAGCGGCGUUCACUCGAUUUGAGUUCCUCGGUUUCAAAGAGAAGUUUCUCACACAAGUAGAGGUGAUAGAAAGAGAUUUUGUCCCUUCAAUACAUGGCGAAAUGGAAUUUGCCGUGCACUUUGGACGCAUUUACGUCUUGAAUAUCCCAAAGUCAUUCACCGAAGACACAGAAUCUCCAACUGUGAGAGUGUUUCAAACAAAUUUAUCGCGAGGUUACAAACCUCGACCAAGCGUGCUUUCCCCAACGAGGAGCAACAGGAAGUACGGCAAGAAAAAUUUCAACCCUGCUAAAGGCCGCAACUACAAGAAGAGAAAGGGCAACGAGUUAAGAGAAGACGGCAAGAAGACUCCAAAGGAGAAGGCAUCUCGAAGCUCUUUUUUUACGGUCGUUUCUUCGCAGGAGAAGAUCGCGAGUUUUCUGGCCCAAAGGGGAUUUAAAGAAGUGCAAAGUUCGGAAAUUUACUCGGUCGAAAUUCACACGGAUCACGAAUUCUGCGUGAUCACGAAUAAAGAUUUCUCGUUUCACGAGAUCGCGUACCCCAAAUUGCGCUGGUGCGCGGUCGACGUGAAAAGAGCGUGGCGCGAAAAUCCCGAAGAUCAUGAAGUCACUGACUUGGACGGAAUCGAGACUGAUGUACGCUUUGUGUUACAGACCCGCCAUGCCUUGCGCCCGGAUGACAUACGGGGAACAAGUUACGAGCAAUACCGUGAUACGUUGCAGUCUCAAAGUCACCCGAAGCCUUCCCGAUGUCCUUUCGUGGUUAAGCCCGAGGUGUGGAAGGACGUCGCCAUGAUUCGUCACAAAAAGUCCCGGAUGUACAAGAUUGAUGAGGUUAUGGCGACGGGAAGCGAGUUUAGGAAAUCUCUUUGUAACAGUGUGAACGAGGUAACAGAGUAUUCUCGACCUACUAAGCACGCUUCCGCCUUCAGCAAGGUGUUCACACGAUGGGAGGUGACAGUCAAACCAGGAUUACCCAACAGUUGGAGCAACAGUGAAGCUGUGGAGAAACUACUGAGAGACAUUUGGGCCUUCGCCUUUGCUUUGGCCUCUCAUAUGUCCGACUAGAAUAAGACAAAUUAUGUCCAAAGCCAGAGAGAGUUUUGUCACGGCUUAAAACUAAAAACUGCCCAACCAAUCGUACCAAAUGUAAAUACGCUGCUAGCCAAUCAGAAUUCGAGUUAAAUAAAUAAAACCCAUGCCGAACGCGGGAAAAUAUGCAAACAAUGUUAUUAAAGCGCGGGAAAACACGUCCAUCGCCAAGCCUAAAUUCAAGAAACAUUUCCUGAUUGCAUAAUUAGAGUACGUUACCAGAGUGUUUUAAACAGUUGUGGGGCUACUUUAAUGAAGACUAAACCAAAGCUAAUGUAGAUCAAUAUACAACAAUUUUUAAGAGCCGCCUAUUAACUUUAUAGUGUGUUUCUUCAAUAACGAAAUACAAUUCAGGUUUGUUACCUAAAUAGCAACGAGAGUUCUUCCUCCCGUCUCUCCAGUAACUCAACUUAGAAAUUCUAUUGGACAGGUGAAGACAUGCAUGCCUCAAUUUAAUCGUCUUGUUAUCAAUUUAAUCGUCUUUCUUAAUCGUCAAUUUAAUCGCGUCUUUCUGUCGCGUGAUAGUUGACUCGGCCUUCGUCCUCGUCAACUAUCACGCGAUAGAAAUCUCAUAAUCUAAUUGUUAAACAGCUUACACCUUGAGUAAUGUACAUGUAAAUGUUAGAAAGCUUCUUUCAGUUGUUAUAAUAAAGUUGCUGACCAGAUGAAAA